AUGUACGGGGAUCGAACCUUUUCUAGCAAAAAUGCUUCUCCUUUGGUUGAAUUCAUUAAGAUACUUCGCAACCAAAGGAAAAACGAGGAGAAAAGAGUAUUUCCAAGGCGUUACAAUGGCCGGCUGGUGGAAGUUUCGGUGCCAAUAAUAAAAACAGAUUUUUUUCCCCUGGAGUGGGAAAUCACGGAGGCGGUGAACACUUUAAUCGAUGAACCCAAACCCAAUAAUCUUGUGAGGCCGAAAAGAAGACGCAGUUUAUCUAUGAACGAUUUUAAGCAAGUGAAAUUUAUGCGAUCGCCCUUUGCGUGUGAGCUUUUAACAAAAUCUUCAAAGGGUAUGUAUAGUUCCACCUACGUGGACAUUGAACUAACAACUCUUGGUCUGGAACCCUUGGUCCGGGAUAUUCCUGUCAGUCGAAAGGAAGCAAAGUCAUUGAUAGGUCUUUCAUGUUGUUAUUUGAGAUUGGGUACCGCACUUGUGGUAAGUGGUUGCAUUGUUGAGGUGAAUAGCACGGACUCUACAGCACAAAUAGUUCCGGAGAAGGGAUUAUGUCUUGACGUGGAGUGGGUAAGUUUAAAAAAGCUUUACCGCAUCCCUGAAGAUAUUACGGAGGUGAGGAAAAUCGUCUCGGAAAGAGUUUACGCUGUGCUUCAGCGCGAGUCAGAAGAUUCAGCGAUAACGGGUCUAAAUGAGUCACCCACAAUGGAACAAUGGGAAGAACUUCCACGGUCAGAGUCUCAAAGCGAUGUUGUGAUAGAAGAAAGGGAGGAUAGAUGCGGAGCUGUUCAGAGUGAAUAA